AUGAUUUUAAAUGGAAACGAUCCUCCUAGUACCAUUUGGACUAUUUUAAAUGUUGACCAUUUACAAAUGAAUAAUCUAGUAUUUAUUGAUAGUAAUCCUUCCAUCAGUAUUCUAAAGCUUAGCUCAAUACAGAAAACAGACAUUAGUGGCUCUAAAUUCAUUUCUUCAAGAGAAAACGGUGAACUACUUAUAGGUAAAAAACCAUUUUUAAUUUAUGCAGAAAUGAUUUUAAACAUAAUAUUGGAUAACUGUCAGGCGUUAAAUCUAAGUAGAGGUUGGAUUUCUCUAAAGUACACAUCCGACGUAUCAAUAUCAAGAGUCAAAAUAAUUGGAAAUGCUGCUAAAACACGGAUACUUUUCGUAGAACGAGUUAAUGAGUUUGUAAUGGAUGAAUGUGAGUCAACAGGUAAUAUUGGUGGAGUUGUACAUUUAAUUGACGCUUCAAGUGCAAAAAUUGGUAAUUCCAGAUUUUUAGACAACCAGAUAUCAAAUGAUAAUGGAGGAUCGGUAUUUGUUGACUCUGAAUUCUUUGUGGUUGCGGAUUCUAUAUUUGACAGUAACAGUGCUGUGAAUGGAAGUGGUGGAGCUGUUGCAGUUUCUGAUUCAACAAUGUUAUCUAUAGAUCGUUCAACAUUCGUCUCGAAUGUAGCUACAAUAUCAGGAGGGGCUGUGGCUAUGGUCAGUGUUUUCCCAAAUUCAAAUGAUUAUUCUCACUCACAAAUUACCUAUUCAGUAUUUAGAGACAAUGGAAUCAACCAUUACCCUAAUAUUGAUAAAAGCUACUGUAAAGGAUUCUACUCGUGUGAGGGAUCUGGAGGCGCUAUCUCACUCAGGAGCAUAAUUACAUUUUACAAUGUGAACGCGACAGGAAAUUAUGCUGUUUGGGGAGGAGCUGUAUUCACAAGCAACGAUAAUAGAAAGCUUGUAGAUGCCAAGAGUUUCAUUGAGGGAAAUCAUGCAAAGAUAGCUGGCGGAGGCGUGUUUUCUAUAAAUGGUUAUUUCGAUGGUACAGAUUUGAAAAAUAAUUCUGCUGGUUUUUAUGGAGAUAACAUGGCAUCUUCUAUACAAUUUAUUUAUGCUAUUCAAACUACCUACUUUGGAAUUGAUGGAAAAUACUUGGUUGCUACUAAUAAUUCAGCCACACUUAAUUUGCAUUUAGGUCAAUAUGCUAAAAUUGAAAUUUUGAAAUCAGCAGAUUAUUAUGGAAAUUUGGUAAAUAUUUUCAGAGAGGAUAUAGAACCUAUCUCAAAUUCAUCUCUCUAUAUACCAAAAUGUGACUACAGUAUCAUAGAUAAUGGUAUCAAUAUUUCAUUUUCUGAGGCACCAUCUCAACCUAGUGAAUCCAAGUUUCCAAUACUACUGAAAAUUACUUCCAGAUCUAUACCAAUUACUGUGAUAAUUACACCAUGUCCUCAUGGAUAUUCCCUUCAAGAAGGUGUGUGUGCUCCUUCAUUUCCUAUGGAGGUUCUCAUAUCAACGUCGGUGGUUGGUGUAUUGUUAGCUCUUAUAUCUGGUAUAAUAAUUGGAUUAUUAAUAACUUUUGCUUUUAGGAAAUUGUGGAAAAUUAAGGACAAACUUAAAAAAUUAAAAAAGCUUGAAAAAGCUGAAGAGGAUAUUGAAAAAAGACUUUUAAAGUCUGAAUUUCACAAAAAUUAUGGAAUCAAUUACGAUCCAAAAGAUUCAAUCAUAAAGAACAAAAAGUCAAUGAACUUUCUCAUUAAUUCAGAUGACUUGAAAAUAGAAAAGAAAAUUGGAGAGGGAGCUUAUGGUUCCAUAUUUUUAGCAAAAUGUUGGGAGACUACCAAUGUAGCUAUCAAGUCGUUCCAUCAAAAAUCAGAGGAAAAUGAAACUAAUGGAGAGGAUUUUGAAAGGGAGGUUUCAUUGCUUGUAAAUUUAAGAAAUCCAUAUAUUGUCACUUUCUACGGAGUAUGUAUAACCGAGUCAAAGAGAUUCAUGGUUGUAGAAUAUUGCGAAAGAGGAAGUUUAGAGAAGAUUAUCAAUGACUGUAGAAGUGGAAAAGAUUUUCUGACACUUUCACAAAAAGCUCAAAUAUUAUUGGACAUUUCCUCAGGUAUGAAAUAUUUACAUGGAUUGAAACCAAAAUUAAUUCAUAGGUUAGUUUUUACUGUAUCAAUUGUUUUAUUAAUUGAUAAUUUACUCAGAGAUUUAAAGCCAGCAAAUGUUCUCAUUAAUGCGACAGGACAGGCAAAAGUUUGUGAUUUUGGUGUAUGUUAUUUUAGUAUUGAAGAACUAAUAUUUUGA